GUCACGGCUCGAGUACAAGAACGCGAUUUGCGUCCGAGUUUGAUGUCGGACCGAGUUAUAUUGGUCGACCUUUGGCCGCGCUCUCCGCUUCUGCCUCCUCACGCCCCCACCCGAUGCUCCGGUUCGUCCCCGUCCCGCUUAUAUGCCGCCGAUCCUCGCCGCCGCCUUUUAUUCGCCAUCAUCUUCCUCUCCUUCUGUCCCCUCUCCGCCACCUCGACACCCUCGCUCCUCCGGCGUUGCCUCUGCCCCGCUAUCCCUCGGCGAAAGACGCUUACUUCGCUGUAGUCCACCACAUCGCUGGCAUCGUCCGCCGCGACUUCUACCUCGAGCGCACUCUCGGCCGCCUCCGCCUCCCCCCUCCCACCCCGGACCUCGUCCUCCGCGUCCUCCGCGCGGCCGCUCCCUCCGCCCCCCUCCCCGCCCUCCGCUUCUUCGCCUGGGCCCGCAGCACCUCCCCCUCCUACCGCCCCUCCGCCGCCGAGUUCGAUGCCCUCAUCCUCCCCCUCGCCCGCCACCGCCACUGGUCCCAGAUGUGGUCCGUCGCCGCCGACAUGCGCUCCCUGUCCCUCCCUCUCCUGCCCUCCACCUUCGCCUCCGUCAUCGACGCCUACGGCGAAGCCGCUCUCCCCGAUCUCGCCGUCGACGUCUUCAAUCGCCUCCCCAAGUUCGACUGUCCCCAGACCACCGCCAUCUACAAUGCCCUCCUUUCCGCCCUCUGCCGCGUCGGCAACUUCCACGGCGCGUACGCCCUCAUUCGCCGCAUGGCCCGCAAGCAGGUCCCCCCCGACCGUCAGACCUUCUCUACCCUCGUCGAUGCCUGGUGUGCCGCCGGUAAGCUCCGAGAAGCCCAGGACUUCCUCGAGGAGAUGAACCGCCGCGGCUUCAAGCCCCCCGUCCGCGGCCGCGACCUGCUCAUCGACGGCCUUGUCAACGCAGGGUACCUCGAGGCAGCCAAGGAGAUGGUGCGGCGGAUGACCAAAGAAGGCGUCUUGCCGGACGUCACCACCUUCAAUUCGCUUCUGGAGGCGGUCUGCAAAUCCGGCGAGAUCGAUUUCUGCGUGGGAUUGCUCCAGGACGCGAGCGAGUUGGGGCUCUGCCCGGAUAUCUCGACCUACAAGAUCUUGAUCCCGGCAGUGUCGAAGGUGGGGAAGAUCGAGGAGGCCUUUAGGUUGUUCUACUGCGCCGUGGAUGACGGAAACAAGCCGUUUCCGAGCUUGUACGCGGCAAUCAUCAAGGCAUUGUGCCGAGCAGGGAGAUUCAGUGAUGCGUUCGGUCUCUUCAAAGAUAUGAAGGUGAAGGGGCACCCGCCUAACCGGCCUGUAUACACGAUGCUUGUGAAAAUGUGUGUUCGAGGUGGGAGGUUCGUGGAGGCAGCAAACUAUUUGGUGGAGAUGACGGAGAUGGGGUUGGUGCCGAUGCCACAGAGCUUCGACUCGGUGGUGGAUGGACUGAAGCAUUGUGGGAAGCACGAGCUUGCAAAGAGGCUGGAGCAGUUGGAGGUCUCGAUCAGGGGCUACUGAUCAACCAAUUAUAGGAGGGAACACAUGGAGACAGAGCGUUCGAUGAAAUGCUCAGCCUGUCAUCAUGCAUAUGCUCCAGUCUUGUGUGUUAUUAUGCAUAGGGCCACCGACCGAUUUUACGGGGGAAGAUCGAAAGAAAGAUUUCUUCCUUGUAAUAUGAUCCAGUCUGCUGUUCGAUGAAAUGCUCGGUUUGUCAUCAAGAAUAGGCCACCGACCAAUUUACGAGGGAAGAUUGAAUUUUUCGCAAGACCUUCUUCCUCCUUGUAUGGGUCACUCUGCUGUUCGAUGAAAUGCUCACGGCAGAGGCUCAGGCACCAACUGUUCGCUUGAAGGAAACCCAGGUGAACGCAUGUCGGGAUCUGAUCGGUGCUGCACGUUCUUCCCUCGUCGAGGUGAACACAUCUCGGGUGAGGCGUGAACUGUCUGUCCUUAGCUGUAAGGAAAUCAAGGUGAAGAAUAAUACAUGUUAGCAUCUGACCGGAUCAA